CCAGUGCAAGCAAGCUACCCGGCGCCCCAAUAGGAACAAGCUGGGUACACCUGGUGUAUGUGCGGGAACACCAUGUCUGCACCCCUGCCUGCUAUCGUGCCCGCCGCCAGGAAAGCCACGGCCGCGGUUAUAUUCCUACAUGGACUUGGAGAUACCGGGCAUGGCUGGGCUGAAGCAAUGGCAAGUAUCAAGAGUCCACAUGUAAAGUACAUCUGUCCACAUGCGCCCAUAAUGCCAGUUUCAUUGAACAUGAAUAUGGCUAUGCCUUCCUGGUUUGAUAUUAUUGGAUUGUCUCCGGAUGCUCAAGAGGAUGAGGCCGGCAUCAAAAAAGCUGCAGAAAAUGUGAAGGCGUUAAUAGACCAAGAGGUAAAGAAUGGAAUUCCUUCCAACAGAAUCAUCUUGGGAGGCUUUUCUCAGGGAGGAGCCUUAUCAUUGUACACUGCCCUGACUACACAACAGAAAUUAGGCGGUGUUGUGGCAUUAAGCUGUUGGCUUCCACUGAGAUCUUCCUUUCCUCAGGCUGCUGCUAACAGUGCUAACAAAGAUGUAGCUGUUCUUCAGUGUCAUGGAGAAAGUGAUCCACUGGUUCCACUCAUGUUUGGCACAAUAACCUCCGAGAAAUUAAAGACUAUAAUAAGCCCAGCAAACGUCAAGUUCAAGACAUAUUCAGGACUAAUGCAUAGCUCAUGUAACCAGGAGAUGACCGACAUCAAGCAGUUCAUUGACAAACAAUUACCUCCGGUUAAUUGACAUUUUCUUGAAUAAGCAUAGAACCUGACACCAGCAACAGUUACUAACUCAAGAGGAAACUUGUCGAUAACUGAAAAUAAAAACUUUGUACAAAGAAACUGCAGACCCCAUUGGAUAAAGGAUUCACAGCUGCAGUAAAUGCUGUGAAUAAAAAAUACAAACUUAGCAAACGGUUUGCUGUAAGCUUCCUAAGUAAGGGCUAAUUAACCUUACUGUAAGAGCAUUGAGCCAAAGUUACCCUGUGUAGCACUGAGGGAUAUUACAGCUUGUCAAAAAACACUCUGGUCACUCUAACAUGUUCCUGUUGUUUGCUGUGUGUAAAUUAUUAAAUUAAAUAAUUGACAGCCCUCCAGAUAUUGCUGAACUACAAAUUCCAGCAUAACCUUAGGCUGUCCAUGGUAUGCUGGGAGCUCAGCAACAUCUGGAGGACUACUAGUUGUCCAUCUAGAGUUCACAAUAGACCUGAUAAUACCGAACGCUAGUUUCUACAUACUUGCAGUUGUGUGCCUCUUGUGUGAGUAUAAGAUUGUCUGAAACAGUCUGUCUGAAAACAGCAAUGUUAAAUGUUUUAAUUUCUAAAUUUUAUGGUGGGAAGUAUUUGUAAAGUGCCAUGUAUGAAAGCUUUGAAAUCCCUUUUCACAAAGCAAUAAAAUAGUAAGGAAAAAUACCA